UUUCCCUCAUCUUCUGUCCCGCUUCUUUUUCUCCUCUCUGCGUCUCUCUGUCUCUAUUUGAUUCAUCUGAAGUGUUGAGCUCAUUUUCAUUCCCCAUCUUCUCUCUGUCUCUGAAGGAAUCUUGGUGUUUGGUGCUUUGGAAGAUUGGAUGAUGGGUAGUUGAAGCAUAAGACCUCAACGUCUGGGCUAUCGGGCGUAAACUGACGGGAAAUGAGGAUUUAGAGCUGUUCAUUUCAAGCCUUUAGUUACCCCAAAUUCUUGAUUUUCUCGGAGUCGAACAGAAAGUUAAGAAAUGCCGGCUUACAACAUCAGGGGCAUCAAUGUCGACUUCCCAUUCGAGGCCUACGAUUGCCAGCUCGUUUACAUGGAAAAAGUCAUUCAAUCUCUCCAAGAAAGAUGCAACGCACUGUUGGAGAGCCCUACUGGAACUGGGAAAACAUUGUGUCUUCUCUGUGCGACGCUGGCUUGGAGGAAGAGUUUGGGAGCUUUCUCGACUGGUAUGAGUGUAAGGAGCAGUCAGAAUGAAGGGAGUGAAUCAGAUGUUAAACUGUCACAGUCUGUGCGUCCUAAUCUUCCCACCAUAAUUUAUACUUCGCGCACUCACAGCCAGAUCCGGCAAGUAAUUCAAGAAUUAAAGAGAACCUGUUACAGGCCGAAAAUGGUGGUAUUAGGAUCUCGAGAGCAAUUGUGCAUUCAUGAUGAAGUUAGUUUACUUCGUGGAAAAGCACAAACAAAUGCCUGCCAUUUGCUGUGCAGAAAGCGUGGAAAGCGUAAUUGUGUUCACCAUUCUCGUGUUGCAGACUACAUGAAGAAAAAUCCUCAUCUUGGAGAUGAGCCUAUUGACAUCGAGGAUUUGGUCAAUGUCGGAAGAAGAUUUGGACCGUGUCCUUAUUAUGUAUCAAGAGAGCUCCACAAGACUGCCGAUAUAUUAUUUGCACCUUAUAACUAUGUUAUUGACCGGGGAUAUAGAAAAUUUUUAAGCUUUGAUUGGAACAACAGCAUACUCAUAUUUGAUGAAGCUCACAAUUUGGAAAGCUUAUGUGCAGAUGCAGCCUCUUUCGACUUGCCUUCUUGGCUUCUAAAUGCUUGCAUUUCUGAAGCAAAAAAUUGUAUUGACCUUUCUACAGCAAGGAGGGAAGAAGCAAAUGACAAAUCACGGAAUCCAGAUAGUUUUGCUAUCCUUAGAGCUCUUCUUUUGAAGCUUGAGAAACGGAUUGCAGAAGUGCCUAUCCAGACCAAGGAACUGGGAUUUACUAGGCCUGGGCCUUACAUAUAUGAACUACUUUCUGAUCUAAAUAUCACUGACGAAACUGCCUCUAAGCUCAUUAAUAUAAUUGAUGAUGCUGCUGUGCUUCUUGAGGAAGAUAACCAGCACAAGGCGACUCGCACUGUUUGCAGGCUGGAAAGCAUUAGUGACAUUCUUAAUAUAAUUUUCAGAGAUAAGGGCAAUGCUCAUGCAAACUUCUAUCGUGUUCAUGUGCAGGAAGUUGAAGCCACUGCUGCAGAUGGCUUAAAAGGUAAGGCAUCAAGGACACUCAGCUGGUGGUGUUUCAACCCUGGAAUUGCCCUGGAAGCAUUCCCCAGGUUGGGUGUAGGCUCAGUUAUAUUGACAUCUGGCACAUUAUCUCCCAUGGAUUCAUUUGCACUGGAACUGAAGUUAGAAUUUCCUGUUCGGUUGGAAAAUCCUCAUGUUAUCAACCCAAGUCAGAUAUGGGCUGGAGUUGUACCAACUGGUCCUUCUGGUUACUCUUUCAAUUCCUCUUACCGGAGCCGUGAUUCUAUAGAAUAUAAGCAAGAGCUUGGAAAUGCUAUUGUCAACUUUGCUCGAAUUGUACCUGAUGGACUGCUUGUGUUUUUUCCAUCUUACUACAUUUUGGACCAAUGCAUCGGGUGCUGGAAGAAUAUGGGCCAUGCAAAUUCAACAACUAUAUGGGAAAGAAUCUGCAAACAUAAGAAACCUGUGUUAGAACCUAGACAAUCUUCACUGUUUGCUACAUCAAUUGAGGACUAUAUGGCUAAGCUGAAGGACACCUCAACUUCUGGUGCAGUAUUUUUUGCUGUUUGUCGGGGUAAGGUGAGUGAAGGAUUAGAUUUUGCUGACCAUGCUGGAAGAGCCGUAAUCGUCACUGGUAUGCCAUUUGCAACAAGGACUGAUCCUAAGGUUCGUCUAAAACGUGAGUACUUGGAUCAAGAGGGGAGAUCCCAAAGCAAAGUGUGUAAGGUUCUAACUGGAGAAGAUUGGUAUAAUCAACAAGCAUUACGAGCUGUGAAUCAAGCUGUUGGCCGUGUAAUCCGUCAUCGUCAUGAUUAUGGAGCGAUUAUUUUCUGUGAUGAAAGGUUUGCACAGCCAUAUCGUCAGUCCCAAAUAUCGCUUUGGAUACAGCCUCACAUCAAGUGUUACUCCAAAUUCGGGGAUGUGGUUUUUACAUUGACUCGGUUUUUUCGGGAUGGAGGAGCUAGGGUUUCUACAGAUCUGAGGCCUAUACAAACUGAGAACAGGGGCCAGAAUCCAACUUCUACAAAUUCAGUACUGGAUGUGGACAUCAAAGGGCCCCCAGUUGAUAUACAAUCUUCUGUAGCUUCAUCUACUUUAUCCCAUACUAAUGCUAAAUGUCCUUACACAGGAGAAAUAGAAGAGACGCAACUGGCACAGCCUCUGGAGAAAUUUUUCACCCAGAUGACCCCAAUGAGUCAAGAUUCCUCUGUAAAGGCAUUGUCUUCCAUACUUGACAUUAAAAGAGGCAAUGCUUCAGGCCAAGUGGGGGAAGUCCUCCCUGCUAAUCGCUCAUCUCUUACUCCCUUCAAGAAUCAGUCUUUAGUUUUGAAGCAUUUGAGUGAUCCUAUCGGCAAUGUGAAAAAAUUGCUGAUGCCUGGAAGGAAAAAUAUGCAAUAUCAAGAUCCCGAAAUAAUUGAUUUGACUGGUUAUUCUGUAUUGGAUGAACUGGGCAAAGAGGAAUUGAUAGCACCUUGUUCUGCCAGGAAGCGUAAAUUAUUAAGCGCAGAAAAUGUUGCAAUGCAAAAAAUUGAAGUUUCUCAUGAGCACUCAUCUGAUGGAAAGAAGUUUGAAAUAAAUAGCCCUUCUUUCAGUAUCAAUCCUGUGAAACUUAAGAGUUCACAAACUUCUGGUACUAUAAGUGCACAAAAUGCUCAAGUUGGUUCAGCAUUCCUGCACAAGGAUGACGGGACUUCUCAAAAGAGGGAAGUGGAUUUUCUCAGGCGGAAGAACAAAGGUUUUGAUUCCAUUCCUGUACUUAGUGAAAAUGAGGAAACCAGAGGUUCUAAUUUUCUGAUUCAGGUUAAAGAGAAGCUUACUGCUGAAGAAUAUAAAAAUUUUGUUGAGUUUAUGAAGGCUCUUAAGUCUAAAACAAUGAAGAUAAGUCAAGUGUUACAAUCCAUUGUGAGACUAUUCUCUGGACCAGAGAGGCUUCCUCUUCUUAAAAGGUUCAAGGAUUAUAUCCCAGCAAAGUAUCAUUCUCUGUAUGAGCAGUAUCUUGAAACAAAUGAUGACACACUUUGACAUUCAAAAUAUGGAACUCUAGCCUAAGAUAAUCCGAGAAGCUUAAUAACUCGAUUGUAAUUUUGGCUGGGAAAAGCACAGAGAUCCGUUUGAUGCAGUUGAAUUUGUUUUGCCAGUCUUGCCUGGAGUUUUCAACCAGAAAAUACUUGCCUUUUGUCCGUGAGGGGGAAGAGGAUAUGGACAAAAGAAAAGACUUCCGGCUAAAAUGCAAAUGGGCCUUGCUAAGAUCGAGUUGCAGUUAAUACCAAACAAGCUGCUUUGCAUGGUGGGAAGAUUUUUGUAAAGGCAGUCUCAAUUAUUACUUCCAGGUUCUCAACGUAUUUCACAAGAAAGGAAUCACUUGCUGUUGUACUGGUGAUGAUGUUUAAAGACUGGAUUUUGGGGAUUACACUGGCGUUUUAAAAUUGGUAAUGCCCUCUGAUUAUCUGUCCCAUGCUUAAGUUACGAGGUGUUUGUAACCAUUUCUUUACAAAGGGAAAAAAAAUAAUUUCUGGUCCAAACCUUGAUUAUAUUUUCUUGUAAAUUAAUCCAUCAGAUUUCUUCAGCAUUCAUUCA